AAUUUGAAUAGACAAGACAAAGCUUACCUGAUAAAUUUAAGCUACACUUUCUCGUUUUUGAAAGGUUAUCCUGGAGUUGAACAUAUUAAGCUCCGAAGCAGUAAUGGAUAUGUCACCGGCUUGGUUAUCAGAAAUUGGAAUCGAAAAUACCGAUCAGAUUUGCAAUCUUUAUGAAACCAUUAAUCACUUCAGUGUUGAUUCAUUCUCCUCAGAACUCUACACAGAAAACAACCAAUCAUCUCAAUCUCAACAUUGCGAAAUCAAACUUCCUAAGGUAGAAGAGAUGCACAGUAAUAUUAACAGACAUUCUCUAACAUUUGAGCCUCUUCUUGCUACUAGUCUUCCAUCAUCAAACACUUUUACCAUUUCUUUUGGAGAUCUAAAACCUAAAGAAGAAAUCGUCCAUCUUCAUGAUUCAUUUGGGUACCAAGCUGCUGAUCCCACAAAGUUUACGACCAUCUCCAGGAAUCCGGUUCAGACACAAGAUCAUGUUUUGGCGGAGAGGAAGAAAAGAGAAAGGUUGAAUCAGCAGUUCAUUUCUUUAUCUUCCCUCCUUCCUAACCCUAAGAAGAUGGACAAAGCAUCUGUACUGGAAGAUGCAACUAAUUACAUAAAAGAACUUCAAAGUCGGGUGAAGGAACUCGAGGGAUUAUCUCCUGAUAUUGAAGUUGUGAUGACAGGAAGAAAUGUGCUUGUAAGAAUCCAGUGUCAAAAAAAAUCUUCUUCCUUGGUGAAAGCAUUAACGCAGAUGCAGAAGCUUGGACUAUCCAUCAUCAGUAGCUCUGCCAUGCCUUUUGCUAAGACCACCCUUCUAAUCAAUAUUGUUGCUCAGGAGUGUACUAUGGUGCCUGCUUAUGUUGCAUGUUAUGGAAGCUACCGCUCUACGUGUGUAUGAUUUGCGAGGCUAAAAAUAAAUUAGAUACAUGACGUGAAACUAGUCAUUUUGAUCAAAAUAAAUGUCGAUAUUGCUGACAGGUCAUUUAGAUUUUAUAGAACUACCAGUUUUAUGCCUCUAAAGAUAUUAGUGACUUUAAUAUUUAGUUAUGUUCUGUACAUGAAAAUGCAUAAAUUUUGAAAUUAAGUAUUUCUGACGUUUCGUUACUUCUUUUCUUUGAUCAUGUUUCUGCACGCAUUCAAACGAAAGUUAGUAUUUGCAUCAACGUUUAAUAUGCUCUGCUGUUAUCUUUAAUUUAUUCGUGCAGAUUGAGGAUGAAUUUCGUAUUACAUCAACCGAACUUGUAAAGCACUUGCAACUCGCUAUUGAACUUUGAUGAAACUCAAUUAUAAAUGUUAGUGUUUUGUAUACUUAGCUAUUAACCCAUGUUGUACUUUUAUAUCAUGCAUCGGCCCAAG